AUGGCGGUCCAUAAGCUGACGCCCAUCCUCAUGACGGGGAGUCUAUUCCUGGGUUUAGUCCUGGCUAUCGGCCAUCAUCUCUACUACCACUAUCUCGACGGGAGGAUCAUCAAGAGUCAAAACCAACAGGAGUGGUUUCUCCGUGUCGGCACCGGUAUCGCGUUCCUCGCUAGAGCCUUGUUGUCAGCAGCUGUCGGGUUUGCAUACACGCAAAUACUAUGGCGAACACUACGAUCCAAGUCCGUCACUAUCGAGGGCGUCAACUCGCUUUUUGGCGUCUUGCAUAAUGCUUGGGACUUUACUACCUGGGAGCUCUGGACGGCUGCGCCGGCGCUUGCUGCAGUGGCUAUCAUAGCUUGGGCUCUCCCGCUGAUUGCGGUCAUUACUCCAGCUACCCUGACAGUCCAGGUUUCUGACCGUCCAAACAUCACAGUUGUCGACGCUCCCCUUCCACUGCUCGAUUACGACAACAUGCUCAACUUUGCUCAGUUCACAGGAGUUGGUGGAGUAGGAUAUUACGCUCCCUCAGCCUACGUCUCAAGAGUGCUCUUAUCAGUGGCAUCUCUUGGCUCUAUCCUGACUAUCCCAGCACCCUUUCCUAAUUCCUCAUAUUCUGUCGACUUUUACGGCCCUUCAAUUUCAUGCGGUACACCUCGCAACGCAACCUUUGCAAAGCUCCUAGGCGAAACUGUGAAGGACGAGACAUGCUGUGGAGAUUCUGUUGGCUACGUUGGUUUUGUUCCAAGUAGUAACACGAUUAACAGCACUGUGGAGGGCUAUGCCUUGGCUGGUCUGCGCGGCGCAAUGAACUACUCUCUCAUCUCGACAGUUGCGUCUAUUGAUCAGACGGCCAACGCCACCAGCUCGGCUAAGCUCUAUGUUGUCGUGCCUGAUAAGCCCGCGUCCAGCAGUUACAUUAUGGCAAACAAGUCAAUCGAAUGCGCACUCUAUAACUCGUCAUAUGCCCUCAACUUUACGUUCGACAACGGCCAGCAGAGAAUUACACACAAAUCCAAGAGGCUGAAUGGAGUGACAGCCACCGAUGCGGGCCUCAACCAGGACAGGUCCAGCCAGUUCAAUGCUGCUGUGGCUUAUAUCGCACUCAUGGAUUCUCUGGGCAAGCUACUGCUCGGAAGUCUUGGGAUAUCGCACUAUGGUGUUAUGCGUGCGACUCAGACACAGAUCAUAAGCUCUGUUCUCAUGGACGCCAAAGAGAUGCAGGUUCUUGGUGGUGUAAAUGCGGCGACUGAUCGCCCGGAAGCACCAGAUUCUGUGAUUGGGAACAUCUCUAUGGCUGAUGCAUUGGAACAGCUGUUUACCAAUGCUACGAUAAGUCUCUUUAGCAACUCGAAGUUGCUGCAAAACGACACAACUGCUUCUAAGGGUAAUAUUACCUAUCUCACCACGCAAAUUGCCUUCUCUUAUGAGCCUCGCAACCUCUUCAUUGCAUACGGGCUGGGCUUACUGGCUUCCGCGAUUAUCGUCGUGAUCGGACUACUAUGCAUCAAAUCUGCAUCAGCAUCCUAUGCGACUACUUUCUCAACUAUUCUACGGACUACAAGAAACCCUGAUAUUGACACCAUCGUCCGCCCAGCGGAAACAUCUGGCGCAGAGCCCCUGUCGAAACAGCUUGGCGAUACUCGCCUAGUACUACGACGUCAGGGACGCAGGCUGGAGGAGAUGGAUGAGGAUAUGGUGACGCUCUUUGCUGUGGAAUCAAUGCCGGAUGAGAAGGGUAGGCAAAAAGACUCUCCUUAUGAUUCGUCGCGCCAGGAGGAUAGAAGGCAACAAUACUCAGACGCAAGUAUUGAACUUCUGAGCCACGUCGAGCAUUCGGCUGCGGAUGCAGGGACUGGAAAUGGUGGUAGCCGGAUAUACCCUCGCGGAAAUUGA